AUAGAAACCCAUUCGAAACGUGACAGAAGUAGUGUGUGUUUACUUGCGUUUUACGCAUAUGCAUAUUAAAUAUAUAUAAUUUUCUGCAAUAACCAAAAUUUUGCACAACUUUACACAAAUUUUAAUCUACAUUGUUAUUGCUGUAUUAAAUUUAGCAGAAUGUUAAUGUACAACUUUUCCCAGAUGAUCGCCAGACCCCAAUACAUCACUAGCAGAUUUUUCUCAUCAAAGUACAAAAUGCGUCGCUCAGCCAGCGAUUUAUUUACUGAAGAAUAUCAGCGAAAAAAAGAUAAAAUCGGGCGUAUUGAAAAGAUCGAAAUCCGGUACCUUGGUACUCCAACAGAUACUACUUUGGUUAUGAAUCGAGGCCUUUCAACGCCGUACGAUUGUGCUCGACACAUAGGAGAAAAGUACUGUCGAUAUUCCGCCUUGGCAUUGCUAGACAAUCAAACACCGUGGGAUAUGCGACGUCCGCUUGAAGAGUCCUGCACACUUCAAUUAUUGAACUUUACAGCCUCCGAGCCGCACUUAGUUAAUAAAGCAUUUUGGCGAUCUUGUUCAUUUCUUCUAGGAGCGGUACUGCAGAAUAGUUUCAAGCAGGAUGCCGGAUUAUUACUGCAUAGUUUUCCGAAACCGAUGAUAAAGACAGGUAGUUUUGUUCAUGACAUAGCUCUGUCCAAAGUGGGAUGGAAACCAACGCUGCAGGAACUUCGAGCACUUUCGAUUGCGAUGAUUAAACUUUCACAAAAGGACCUCCCAAUCGAGCGCCUAGAUGUAAGCAGCGAAGUCGCACUGAAAAUGUUCGAAGACAAUUUGUUCAAACGCGAGCAAAUUCCAAGCAUUGCUAGUCAAAAUAACGGCUUGAUUACCGUAUACAGGGUUGGUGAGCAUCUGGACAUCAGUAAAGGUCCAAUGAUCAGUUCCACCGGACAACUGGGAAAAUGCACGAUAACAACUAUACAUGAAGUUCCGCGUACAGGUUCAGAUAAGCUUGCACUUUAUCGAGUGCAAGGAGUAGCACUUCCGGUUGGCUUGAAUAUUAAUCACUUUGCCUAUGGAAUUUUAGAGGACCGGGCUAAAAAAUUGAAUCCUGCAAGACUUCCAAAUGAACCUUACGAGGAAAGCUUAGUAGAACAUGUAGGGUAAGCGUGUUACAUUAUAAUUAUAAAUCAUUCAAUAAAGUAUCCUAGAUUAAUGAAAA